AUGUCUCGCAGCACCAUGGAAAAGGCUGACGUGAUCACCCCGGCGCCGGCAAGGUGCAGCGGGAGUAUUGACGCCGGAAAGCUGGAGAAUAGCGACGAUGCCUUUGAAGUCUUCAAGAGAGGAGAGGGUGCAGUGGACUUCCGCACAGUCGGAUGGGUCCAUGCCUCAGUCAUUUUUCUCAAAGUCAUCUUCGCCACCGGUGUUCUCUCAAUUCCUUCAGCAAUGUUUGUUCUUGGUUCUCUGCCCGGUGCUAUAAACGUGCUGGGCUGGCAGUUCCUGAAUACAUACUGCGCCAUCAUCCAGGGCAAUUUUCGCAACUCUCAUGCUGGCUGUCACUCUAUUGCUGAUAUGGCCAACGUUGUCGGCGGUUCGUGGCUAAAAGAAAUAGUUGGGAUAUUAUUCCUCGUCACUUAUUCGAUUGUUGGCGCAUCCGGCAUCUUCGGCACAUCGGUUGCUUUCAACGCCCUAUCGGAUCAUGCAAUCUGCACAAAUUACUUCAUGUUGGCUGCCACUGUUGCGGUUUUCAUUCUUGCAAGCGUUCGCAAGUUCGAGAAGAUUGCGUGGUUGACAUGGGCUGGCUUUCUUUCGGUCUACGUUGCCGUAUUUAUUGUCGUAGUUGCCGUCACACAACUAGACAGACCGGCCGCGGCCCCCAAAACUGGCGACUUUGACCUCGGCUACCAUGUUAUCGGCGACCCGACUUUCGUUACUGGUAUUACUUCUGUCGCGACCAUCUUCUGCUCUGGCGCGGGCACAUCGGCAUUCUUGCCCGUCAUUUCAGAAAUGAAACGACCAGGGGACUACAACAAAGCUGUCUACCUCUGCAUGGGAAUCGUUACAGCGUCCUACCUGACCUUCUCCUUGGUCGUAUAUCGCUACUGCGGUCAAUGGGUGGCCUCGCCUUCUCUUGGCAGUGCAGGUGAAGUCGUCAAAAAGGUUGCAUAUGGUAUUGGCCUUACUGGGCUGAUGGUGAGCGCAUGUCUAUAUAUCCAUGUCGCUGCCAAGUAUAUCUUUGUACGAAUCCUCCGCGACUCUGUUCACCUGCAGAAGAACUCGUUCGUCCACUGGUCGGCAUGGCUCGGCUGUACUUUCGGAAUGUCAGUCGUUUCAUUUCUCCUGGCCUCAGGUAUCCCCAUCUUCAACUACCUGCUCGCCCUUGCAGGAAGCUUGACUUUCGCUCCCUUGGCUCUUGGUUUGCCGGGCUACCUCUGGAUAUUCGACCAUCAACACUAUCGACAAGGAAAUUGGUGGCAGAUCAUGGUUUACUGGCUGAACUGGCUCAUGAUUCUUCUUGCCAUCUUUUUAACAAUCGGUGGCACUUAUGGGGUGAUACAGAAUAUUAUUGAUGCGUAUGCUCAGGGCUUGAUUGGUGGCGCUUUCUCUUGCGCAGAUAACAGUUCCAGUAGUUCAUCCUAG